AUGAUGACACGUCUUUCAACUCGUCCAGCACCCGGGAGAAUGACGGCUUGUCGGACGAGGAGUUUGUCGUGCGCGACUGGAAGAAACGAACGAAACGUCCUGCGUGGGGGGGGACCCCUACCAGCGGCCAAAAAGCCUCGUGCAACCCUGCCCAAGCAGGCCAAGCGUCCCCGUGCCCCCAAGAAGCCAGCACAGCCGGCUGCUGCCGCGAAGCCUGGGGGAGCAGCGGCAGUGGUGACAUCGACUCCACCGGAUCCCGAUUCUCUGUACGAUGCUGUCCGCAUUGGCAAAGCCGUCAUGCUGACCGUUGUGGACACAUGGGUCGACAGCUACAAGGAAGACCAGGACGAAGCCACACUGAGUCUAAUCAACUUCUUCAUCCAGAGCUCUGGCUGCAAAGGCCGCGUCACGAUGGGCAUGUAUCGCACAAUGGAGUAUGCGGACAUCAUCCGCAAGAUGACGGAGGGAUUCGACGAGGAGAGUGCGGAGUACCCACUCUCACAAACCGGGCUGCAGGCGAAGCGUUUCCGCGCAGUGCUGGCCGACUUUGUGCUCAUGCUGGUGCGGCAGAGCCGCAAUGGCCCACUGUAUGACCUCAAGGAGAUGCUGCUUGGGUUGCUCACCGGGCUCACCGACUCCCAGGUCCGCGCCUUCCGGCACACCGCCACCUUCUCCGCCCUGAAGCUGCAGACGGGGCUUGUGGAGGUGUCCUUGUCUCUAGCUGAGAGCUUGGAGAAUGCCUCGCGACAGCUGCAGGCUGAGCGCAGCAAGGAGCCCAGGCUCAGGGCCGUGGACAAGAUCGAGGGGCUGCUCAACACCAUCAAGCAGUUGAAUGAACAUCAGGAGGAUGUGGAGAAUAUGAUGCGUUCUAUUUUCAAGUCUGUCUUUGUACAUCGCUACCGGGAUUCGUUCCCAGAGAUCCGAGCCCUGUGCAUGGAGGAGAUUGGAGUGUGGAUGAAGGCCUACAGUGACGUUUUCCUCGAUGAUGGCUACCUCAAGUACAUUGGCUGGACUCUCAACGACAAGCAAGGGGAGGUGAGGUUGCGAUGCCUCUCCGCUCUCCAGGGCCUCUACGCGGAGAAGGAAUUCUUCCUGAAGCUGGAACUCUUCACAAAACGCUUCAAGGAGCGGAUUGUUUCAAUGGUGAAUGACAAGGAGUUGGAUGUGGCUGUCAAGGCCACACAAGUCCUUGUCAGCAUUCUCGAGAACAAUGAAGAAUCGCUGUCAGUGGAGGACUGUAAGAAUGUCUACAGCAUGGUGUUCUCCUUGCACCGGCAACUGGCCACAGCUGCCGGCGAAUUCCUCUACAAGAAGUUGCAGUCUCACAUCAGCAACAGCUAUGACGAUGAUGAGGACAUGGGCUCCCACAGCCGGAGGAAGACGGAGAAGAACACGGCUCUUCUGCGUAUGCUCGUUACCUUCUUGCUUGAGAGUGAAAUGCACCAACACGCGGCCUACGUGGUGGACAGCCUGUGGGAGCACGCACGGGAGGAGCUGCAUGACUGGGAGGCCAUGACGAGCCUCCUGCUGCCCACGCACAAAGCCAACAGCCCCAACGAGGGCCUCUCGGACAAAGAGGAGGCGGGCCUCAUCGACAUCAUGGUUUGCUGCGUGAAGCAGGCUGCCGAGGGCCUCCCGCCCAUUGGCCGCCUCUCCAGUCGCAAGACUCAGUCGGCCAAAGAGAAAAAGAACAAACAAGAUGAACAGAUGCGGCUCACGCAGCAUUUCAUCAUCGCCAUACCACAGCUUCUUGCCAAGUAUUCGGUGGAUGAAGAGAAUGUGGUGAAUUUGCUCCAAGUGCCGAUGUACUUCGACCUUGAGGUGUACACCAAUGGGAGACUGGAAAAGCACCUGGACACGCUGGUGCGCCAGGUGGGCGAGGUGGUGCAGAAGCACGUCUUGCCGGACGUGCUGGAUGGGUGCUCGCGCGCACUGGUCGCACUGGCCGCCCCCGACUCCUCCGUGCACUCGCGAGCCCUCGUGUCCGUGUCGAGCCUCGUGGACCUCCUCGUUGACCGCUUUGCUCACGCCCUGCCCGCAUUCAUGGAGCAGGAUUAUGACGCGGAUGGCAGCGUCUCCUACGACUUGCUGUCUGUGCUGAAGAGACUGACCUCAUUCUACAACGGUCACGACCUGACCAGACUGGACGUACACGAGGGCUGUCUGACUCUCAUCAAGCAUGCGGACAAGGGAGGGGAUGUCCCUGAUCAGAUUUUAAUGUACGCCACUAAGUGCGUGCAUUACAGCCUGUUCUGGAGGCUGUCCGCUCUUUCAGAAGACCAACCAGAUAAGAAGGAGGUUGUCUCCCUGCGCAGGAGCCUGAGGUCGUUUUUGCAGUUGUGCAACAAGUUGCUCAUCGGAGUCGGUCUGGCUUUGAAAGAGCAGGUGUUCCUGCUGCUGUGUGACACACUGCUCGUGUUUGGCCACUCGGUGGCGGAGCAGGGCCGCCACGCUCUGCUCCCCCUCGUGGUCCAGGCCGAGCCUGAGCUGCAGGCCGAGAUGGGCAGCUUCAUCAUCGAGCACAUCUUCUCCACCGACGAGAACAUUUUUGAUCAGCAAGAGGACAUGCAGAAUAUCGAGGUGCUUCACAAGCGGAGGUGUCUGCUCGCCGCUUACUGCAAGCUGCUGGUGUAUGGAGCCAUAGACAUGCGCGCCGGCGUUGACAUCUUCCGCCGAUACGUGGAGUUCUACAUCAACUACGGGGACAUCAUCAAGGAGACGCUGAGUCGCUUGAGGCAGAUCGACCUGAUGGAGUAUGCCCACACGCUCGCCCUCACGCUCAAGCAGAUGUUCACGGUGACGCUGGAGGAGACGUCAAACCUGGUUCCCGUCAAGGAGCUGGCGCGUCGCUUCUCGCUGACGUUUGGGAUGGACGCUGUUCGCUCGCGGCACGCCAUAGCUGCCCUGCACAAGAACGGCAUAGACUUUGCAUUCGAAGCGCGGAAGCUGGGCAAUGCUCCGCCGAACAUCCUCUUCCUGGAGGUGCUGUGCGAGUUCUCCCCAAAGCUCCUCUCUCAGGACAAGAAAACACUCUGCGGGUACAUGGAGAGCUACAAGCCGCCCACGCGUAGGAGCGUGUUGGACUCGGAGUGGCAGCCUGUGUUCACCUACCGCAACUCUCUGACCGCCUCCGCUCAGCCAGAUGGUCCUGUUGGCACCCCGGCGACUGAUGCCAGCGCCGGACGCAGGAUCCGCACAAGACACGGCAGUGCCAACAUCUCCGUGUCUACGGAGGCCUCAGGCCUCGAGUGGGGUGCCCGCACCCCCAUCGCGACCCCGGCGACACCGCAGCUCACCUCCACGGUGCUGAGGGGGGGAGAAGGGGUCGCCAUGGCGACCGCGCGGCGUGGCAAUGUGAGCAGCAGAGGCUCCAUGUCGGCUGGGUCCAUGGGAAAUGUCUACACUCGCUCGAGGGGCCACAGUUUGAUAUCUGAGGUAACGAAGGAGGCUUCCGAUGAGGAUGAGGAUGACGAUGACGAGGACAACACGAAAGCGGAUAAACUCAUCAGCGGGUUUACAUCACGCGGAAGUCAACUUCUGAGCAACCCAGAGGAAGCUAUGGACACAGAUGUGGAUUUCAGCACCCCCUUCUUCUGAUCUGUCACUAAGUUCUGCCAUGAAGGCCUGUGAAGACCUACGCACCCUCGUCCACAUGGAGCAACUGAUCUUUUAGAAUAUUGGUUCGGCACUUCGUUUUCAUUCUGCCUCUCAACACCGUGUUCACAUGAGCACUCGGGGGGGGGGGAGAGGCUAAGAAUAUGACAUCUCACUGUGGCACCCCAGCCCUUUUGUUUAACAAGCGACACUCAUAAUGGCCACCAUGGACACACUCUAGUCAACAGCAGUCUGCCUGCGACCGUGCAGGAAUUUCAUACACAUUUAUAAUGGCCGUGUUGGUGACACUGAAUCAACACCGCUGAAAUUCUGGGUUCAAGCCCUAGGUCUGGACGUUUCUUUCCUUGGGGGUUUGCUUCAGAAACUUUGCAGUCCUAAGCAGCCUGCACCUGCUAAGUGUGUAACUCGUCACUGCCGUAGCUAUUCCAUUCAAGAAUAGAUUGGUUUUUUUUUGUCUUAUUUUGACCAUCUCGUUUGUAUAUUUAAUAUUUUUGUUUUGAGUCUAACUUGUACAGUUUUGUUUGCCCUCCAUUUGCCUUAAUGUAGCGUUGUCGUAUUGGUCGCUUAUAAUUGCUAGAGUAAAUUGUAAACAAUCGCGUUCUGUGGUAUGACGUUAGCAUGUCAUGUACUCACAAAUCGGACCUCUCAUUACUGUUCAUUGUGCAGUGGAAAAUGUAAAAGAAUAACAAUAUCAGUUUACACCACAAUGCUUUGUUGCUGUAGUCUUUAGAGUUGACUCGCAUUACACAUCCUCAAACGAGUGUUUUUGUUCCUGAAAUAUCGGAAGUGGUGGCAUAGAACUUAGGUGUGGUGUGCUACAGAUUCGAGCCAGCCGAGUUCAAUUCCUGGCCACAGCUGUUAUCAGUAGCGAGUGAUAUUUAAAUCGUUCGUGGGCCAACCCAACUUCACCAAGCUGCACUAACGGGUGUGGUGAAGUAUGGUCGAAUGCCUCUUCGACCGACGCAGUGGGAAGACCUUCAGCUUCAAAUUUACAAAGGGCUGUAAAUAAUUAUUAGAGUUAUAAGAUUUAGAAACAAUUGUUAUGGUUCUAAUGCUCCUGACUUAUUCAGGCUGCAGUGAGACAGGGCCAUGGUUAUACCCGUUGUUUACAUGUCUUUCAAAUACUUUUGUUGUAAUAUAAAUAACUGUCCACUUAAUAUUUUUUUACAAUUUGUAGAUAAUAAUUUACAUUUAUAUAGCAUCACUCAAGACUUAGUAUAUUUCAAGAGCUAUAUAUUAUCACAUUUAUAUGACCUUUCUGCUGACAUCGAUGCUAGUUAUUGGACUGAUUAUCCCUCAGCUGAGAUUUUCAAUGACGAUUUAAAGCUUUCGUGACUGCAGGGAUUCAUCUUCUUAGUUCUUUCGGUAAAGUCACGUAGAAGGGAAGUAAUAAAAUAAUAA